AUGGCCAAGUCCGAGAACCACACCACACACAAUCAGUCCCACAAAUGGCACAGAAAUGGCAUCAAGAAACCCCGGUCACAAGAUAUGAAUCUCUUAAGGAGGUUGACCCCCAAGUUCCUGAGGAAUGUGCGCUUUGCCAAGAAGCACAAGAAACGCCUGAAGAAGAUGCAGGCAAACAACGCACAGGCAGUGAGUGCCCGUGCAGAGGCCAUCAAGGCCCUUGUGAAGCCUAAGGCUGUUAAGCCCAAGAUGCCAAAGGGCCCCCGCUGCAAACUCAUCUGUCUUGCUUUCAUCGCUCAUCCCAAGCUUGGGAAGAAGAUUCGAAGCUACAUGGCCAAGGGCCAUAGGCUCUGCCAACCAAAGCCCAAGGUUCAAAUCAAGGCAGACGCCACAGGUCCAGCUAAGGCCCAGGCUUCAGCCCCAGCUCAGGCUCCCAAAGGUGUCCAGGCCCCUGUGAAGGCCCCAUAG